AUGCAUACCGACCAGGAGCUGGCGGAAAGGGAGUACACGAAACACUUCUCCCAAGAGAGGAUCUGGCUGAGGAACUUCGUCAGGAGCAGUUAUUUUGCAUUCAUCAUCUACGCGCUCAUUUUCUUCAACACGAUACUGAUAGCGUUGAACGACAUCAAAGAUGACUACGAUCCCACUUCAAGGCUCAAGGACGUGAACAAGAUUGCUGAUUGGCUGAUCGUCUCUGUCUUCACCGCCGAGAUGUUCCUGAAGAUGGCAGCCCUUGGGAUCGGCUUCAGGCCUCCUCUCUCCCGCAACGUCGACCCCGAGCUGGCUGGAUACUUUGCGAGUGCAUGGAAUCGGCUCGACUCGUUUGUUGUGCUGAUGAGUUGGAUCUUGAUCCCCAUAGCCAACGUGAGCGGGUCAGGAGUUAAGAAGUUGGUGCAGAUUUUCCGUCUCACUCGCCCCCUGCGAGCCUUGAGAGAGCUGCGCAACCUCAAGGGAGUCUCGGCCCUGAUCGAAACCUUCCCGGUCAGCAUGGCUUCGUUCUUCGACGUCACCUGCCUCCUCCUGUUCUGCCUCGUUGUCUUCGCCACGCUGGCGCUCAACAUCUGGGGCCUCGAGGGCAGGUUCAACGCGAGGUGCGUCGUGGAUUCGACGGACAAGACCAGGAGCCUGCAGGUUGCCGGUUUCCUUCAAAUGCCAUCCCCUGUGCUCUGCUCGGGGUCGAACUGCUCUGCUGGAUUUCACUGUUCCUGUACUCCUCUCGUGCUCUCUGACGGCUCCAUCGCGCGCAAGCCUUACGAGUACACCGACCCGCUGACGGGAGACGUCGGCUGCCUGAGGCAAGGGACCUCCCAGCCAUGGACCAACGGGAUCGAGACGGUCGACCCCGUCUGUCCUGACCUUGGCUUCUCUUGCUGGAACAACGUGGGGUUGGGAAUGUACACAGCCUUCAAGGCGGUGACGCUUGAGAACUGGUCACAGCUGAUGUGGUGGGCUCAGGACGCAGGCAACCCCACUGUCGGAUGGAUCUUCUUCCUCUUCCUCGUUAUCCUUGUCUCGCUCAACAUCCUCAAUCUGUACGUGGCGUGUAUGAGCAACUCGUACAGGAUCGUGAAGAUCCGCAAGGAGGAGGAGCUGCAGCUCCAGCAAGAGGAGGAGAAGCUCGGCAUCCAUGAGGGGAUCGGUGGGACCGAACUGCAGGAGUUGGACGACCCGCUGCUUGCAGGGGAGAAGAAGGUCACGUGGAAGGACAGGUUCCAACAGCUUCUGGAGCUGAUCACAGCGGACUAUCAGAUAGCACAGAACCAGGAGGUUCUGAAUCCGCUCUCGCAUGCUCUGAGGAGGAUGUUUCUGUAUCCCAACAGCGUGGACGAGUGCGGCAACAGGAUCCCAAGCGCGAUCGAGAAGAUGGCGAGAGACAGGGAGAUCGCGAUCACGUGGGGGCCUGAAGUGUGCCGCUUCCGAAUGUACGCGCUGAGCAGCGACGUACAGCUGCUUCCCGAGCUGAGAGUCGAGGGCGAGGAGACGAAGAGCGGCGGCAACGAGCCGUGGGGAGCGAGUUCUUCGGCUGAUAUGACUGAACUCCUUGAGGAGGGUGUGGACUCUACGGUGAACAAGGUCGAAGUCCGAAACGUCCUCCUCAAGUACAAGAGGCUGGUGGAAGAGAGGGAGACAAACUUCUCGCUGUACGCUCGGAUCGAGCCUGUGCCGUACGCUGAUGUGUUCAUCCUGUCUUGCAUCGUGAUCAAUGCUGCGAGUAGCUGCAUGGACCAUUUCUCGGGGGCUCCUGUCCCCACCAAGUUCCCGGCAAGCCUCUCCUGCUGCAACCCUGAAUGUACAGUGAGGAGCGACAUCCAGUGCCCCAGGGGGUUGGAGCAGAUGAGGUCAGUCUGGUUCAACGUGAUUUUUGCCUUCGAGCUCAUCUUCAACGUCUUCUUCACGGUCGAGGUCGGGCUGCGAGUCUUGUCCUGGUGGAGCUUCCGCAUGUACAUCCUGCAUCAGUAUCCCUCCAACGUGAUCGACUUCCUGGUCGUCUUCGUCUCGGACGUCCUCUUCCUCCUCCAGUUCGUUGUGGGCAACCUCUUCAACGCCUCCCUCCUCCGGUUGAUACGGCUGACGCGAUUGAUCCGUGCCCUCAAGUCCAUCAGGCAGAUCGAGAUCGUGUUCAACGUCAUGAGCAAGGGCUUCGCCGCCUUUAAGAUCUGCAUCUACGUCUUCCUCAUCCUCCUCGGCUGGCACAUCCUCAUGGCCCUGUUCGCCAUGCAGCUCUUCCGAUGCCCUGUGCAGGACAGCGCUGUCUGCUACCGUGUCAACGCCUCCCUCCCCUGCCCGAAGUUCUGCUCGCAGGAGAUCCAGGGCGAGUGCUACUUCACGUACAACGAGCUGUGGGAUCACUGCCCAUGGUCUCCCCAUCAGAACUUCAACACGUUCGCCAAUUCUAUCACCCAGUUGUUUUUUGCCACCACCACCGACGGGUCGUUCACCAGUAACAUGCAGAGCGCGAUGCGGAGCAGCGAUUCGGUCUUGCCAGGCCUCCUCUUCUUCCUCGUUUUCUACUUCAUCUCCUUCUACGGCAUCACCAACCUCCUCAUCUGCGUUAUCCUGGACGAGUUCGAGCCCUCGGACAAGCUCAAGGCUGAGCUGCAAGUGGAUGACUUCAGGAAGAAAGCGGUGGAGAAGCUGUCAAGGAGGAUGAUGCGAGAGGGGCACUCGGUGGAUGACAUCGAGCAGGCCAUAGAGGAGCAGCGGGACAUCGACUCCUACAUCCAGAUGAUGAAGGAGGAGGAGGCUAAGGAGUCGAUAGCCGAGGUCUGGUCCCUUUCCUUCCUCCACCCUCCUCAGCCCAACGCGACCUCGCCCGAGCUGGACAAGAACUUCAGGUGGUACAUCAGGAACCUGGUCGAGAGCUCACUCUUCCGCGUGUUCAUGAUGACCACCAUCCUCGUCUCCACCAUCUUCCUCGCCCUAUCCAGCCAGAUCCCGUCGGAGUCCGUGGUCGACAGCGCGUCCAUGAGCACGGCGGACCUUAUCUUCUUCAUCAUCUUCAGCUUCGAGUUCGUCGUCAAGGUCAUCGACCGGGGGAUCCUCUUCGAGGGCCCGGGGACCUACUUCCGGGAGCGGUGGAACUUUCUCGACUUCUUCCUGCUCCUCUUCCAGGGCCUCGACCUCCUCGGCCUCAAUGGGAUGAAGUCCUUCCGAGUUCUCAGGGUCCUCAGGCCCUUCAGGACGCUCAGGUUCCUCAACAAGGUCAAGGUCCUCCAGCAGCUCCUGGUGGCGUUUGCCGACAGCAUGUACCAAGUGAUCUCCCUCGUCGCCCUGUGGGUCAUCGCCUUCCUCGUCUUCGGCGUCAUCGGCAUGAGCUUGUUCUCCGGUCAGUUUUACAGCUGCAACGACAAGGACUUUACCGGUGGGCCCAUCAACCCCUUGGAGCAGGUGGGGUCCAAGGUGGGGUGGAGAGAGAACUGUGUGGGGUCCUACGUCUCGUUCAAGGGGAUGGACGGCGAGUUCCUCGUGUCCAGCUACAGUCCAACAGGGAUCCUGAUGCCGCGGACCUGGGAGAACCCGUCGCAGGGGAUGGCGCAGGCAACUUUCAGCUUCGACAACUUCGCCAUGGCCUGCCAGAUCCUCUACGAGAUCGCGAUCCUCCGAGGGCUCACAACCUACAUCUACACAGCAGGGGACUCGACCGGCAUCGGCCAGCAGCCGAUCCAGCAGGAGAUCUCGCCCAACAUCUUCUACUUCGUGCUCUGGAUCCUCUUCUCCGGCUUCUUCGUCCUGCAGAUGAUCAUCGGGGUGCUGAUCGACUCAAUCAACCGGCAGACGGGAACGGCGCUGCUGACGACGAAGCAGAGGAAUUGGGUGAGGAUCAAGCAGAGGAUGGAGAAGCUCACAAUGCUCAGCAAGCUGGAGAUCCCCCGCGGCUUCCGCAAGGUCUGCUGGCUGCUGUGCAACGACAGUCGCUUCCAGAACUUCUACAGCUUCAUCAUCCUCUUCAACAUCAUCAUCAUGAUGUCAGAGUCGUACAACCAGCCCGACUGGUGGUCGAACAUCAUGGACGUUCUCAACUGGCUCUUCCUCGCCCUCUACAUCCUUGAGAUUAUCAUUAAGGUCAUCGCCUACCGCCGAGAGUUUGUGGAGGACCCCUGGAAUAUCUUCGACACCCUCGUGGUUGGGACCUCCAUUCUAGACGCGAUCCUCUCCUCCGGGGGGAGCAAGAGCGGCAUCCAGGCGCUCCGAGUCCUGAGGAUCAUCCGAGUCUUCCGAACCCUCCGGCUCGUCCGUCGAUCUCCUCGUCUCAUGCUCAUCCUCAACACCCUCAUCUCCUCUGCCCCUUCCAUCGCAGCUGUCUGCGGCUUCAUCCUCAUCUACGUCUUCAUCUUCGCCAUCAUUGGCAACCAAGCCUUCGCCGGGAUCAAGCACGGCAACGCGCUGAACCAUCACAACAACUUCGACUCGCCCUGGAACGGCAUGCUGACGCUCUUCGUCCUCAUCACGGGCGAUGGAUGGCAGGGGGUCAUGAGGGACGUGGCGAUCGCUGCUCCCUACUGCACCUCCUCCGACGAAGUCAGCCGCCUUCUGUCCCUCGGGUACAACCUCGUUGACAACACGGUGACGUCCGACUGCGGGAACGAGGCAGCAGCUUACAUCUUCUUCGACAUCUUCAUCAUGAUCGGGUGGAACAUCUUGCGAUCCAUGUUUAUCGCCGUGAUGAUGGAGAACUUCUUCAUCUUCAAGAACUCCUUCUCUUCCUCCCUCACCGAGGGGCACCUCGAGUCCUUCAGGAAGACCUGGCAGGAGAUGGACCCGGGAAGAAAAGGCGUCCUGCCCCUGUACAUGCUGAAGCCCUUUCUCCGCGAGCUGCAGGGCAACUACAACCCCCUCGGUAUCUCAGCCCUCGAGAGUGAGUUCAGGUUCCAGACCAUCAGGACGGAGAUCGCGCUCUCCGUCAAGCCAAACGCAAAGGGUGUCGUAGAGGUCCCCUUCAACAAGCUCCUCGUCCUUCUCGGCAUGUACGCCGUCGGCCCUCCUGCCCUCGAGUACACCGACAUGAUCUCGCGCACGCGGGAGGUCACCUGGUUCGCCAAGCUCACUGCCGCCAGCAGGUUCCUUGCUAUACACCGCGGUGUCAAGACGCGCACUCGCAGACUGGAGCAGCGGAAGGGGAGGUCAGCCGUGUCAAUUUUCGCAGACAAGAGGAAGGGGAGGAAGGAGGAGGAGAAAAGAACGUCGGAAUCGAAGGGGAACAAGCCAAGACCAGCCGUCGCUUCCGUCUCCGAGCUCGCCAUGUCAACCCUUGCCAGCCAGGACUUGGAGAGGAAGCUCGAGCACCUGGAAGGUUUCAGUCAGAAGCUGCAGAACAAGCUGUUCGACAUGGAUACGGAAACAAACUCAUCUGCAACGCCGUCGACCUCCGACAGUCAAUAACAUCCUUCAAGUCAGCUCCUGUAAAUAUUAAACCAGCAUUAGAUCUCCUUGCUUUCUCUUAUCACACAUCCUCCCUCACCUUCGCGAGUCAUCCGAGGGGCCUGAUAGGAAGAACAAGCUGCAAGUCAUCCGAAGGGCCUGAUAGGAAGAACAAGCUGCAGCGAGCUCUUGCCAUGACAUCGUCCAUGUCGACAUGCUCUCCCUCGAUCCUCCACCACGACAACUCUAGCAGAGCCUUCGAUACCCUUGACCAACCCGUCAGGUUUGCCAUGGUUUGUAGUCAAUACCGCCCUCAAUUAAUUAAGUCAAAGUGUACUGCGCAACCGUCGCCAUGGGGAAAGGCGCCGAAACCAUCAAGAGGUGAUGUGAUGAGGAACAGAGAAGACAAGACAGAGGAAGGAAGAAGACGAUGUAACAGUGAGAUAGAGGAAGGAAGAAGACGAUGUAACAGUGAGGUAGACGAAGCGAGGGGAAGAGGGGCAGAGUCGUGGGAAAAGAAGGCAGGAGGAUAUUGGAAGGACGAGAAGAGGAGCAGGAGACUGAGCAGGGCUGCUAUUGAAGGAAGAUGGAACCCGUACGCUCAAGGAGCGAGGAAGUUGGAGGUAGUGCAGCCGACGCCUCAAACCGUCCCCUUCUGGUUUGUCAAUGACAGGGUGAAGGAAGAAUCGAACCAUCGCUGGGAUGCCAACUCGCACCGGCUCCAGCAUGGCUUCCAACAAGCGGCGGAGAGGAGGAAAGCGAUAGACCGAGGGAUCAUGAUUCGCCCCAGCCUCAUCAAACUUUCGUCGUCGCUGUCUAGAGGAUCCUCGUGGAAAGAUCCCCUGCAAUGGCAGCCUCCCAUUAUCCCCGAAGCUGUUAGAAACCCCGAGGUGAAGAACAUCUACAAGCUGCAGAACAUUCAAGGGAUUAGGUGGAAAGAAAGCCGCUUUUACAACAUCAACUAUCAUGGGAAGGGCAUCCAGAGGGGGCUGUUGCGCCAGGAUCACCAUGGAAAUGCGUGUGAUUGGUUCAAGGGAGAAGAAUAGAGAUGUAGAUGCAUCAAUUAUUUUGCUUCUCAUCCACAUCUGAUAGAGUUUGGUUGCUAUCAUUCACUAUGAUUCAUAUAGGAAAGCGAGGAACAAGCAGGGUAAUGUUCUCCUACCAAACUCUAUCAUUCUG